AAUAAAAUAAUAAUAAUAAUGAGCCCGCCCUGUGUCUGUCUGGACCAAUAGAAAAAAAUGAAAAACUCAGAGCAGUCUCUCACUCCUCACUCACAGUGUAGGGUUUUAUCACUCAUUUUUCUCAUUUCACUUCACUUCUUCCUGGAAAUUAAACCCAGCUUUACAUGAGUAGCUGAAAGUUGAAAAAAAUGCACACAAUUAAGGGUGGUUGGGUCGGGCAAACAUUUGCUCUUGCUACUUAUAAUGACUCUAGUGGACGGAAGACUAGAAUUAGGCGUUCGAAAGAGGAGAGGAAGACUAUGGUUGAAACUUUUAUAAAGAAAUAUCAGAAUUCAAACGAUGGGAAUUUCCCAUCACUUAAUCUGACGCACAAGGAAGUUGGUGGCUCUUUCUACACAGUACGAGAGAUAGUUCGUGAGGUAAUUCAGGAAAAUAAAGUUCUAGGCCCAGCUAAGUUAUCUCCUGAAGAGCAGAACAAUGUCAUGUUUGCAGAACAAUAUCCACUAGGAUCCAUAUCAACUGAACCACAAAGUUCAUCUUUAUCUGGUGAAACCCAUGUUAUGUCAACUUUUGCACCCAACCAUUACAUAGAUAAAAGUGAAGAAGAUGAUUUUGGUGUGAACAGACAGCUUGAUAUAGCUGAAGUGAAGGUUGUAGAUAAUGUCCUACAGACUAGCACAAGUGACGUUUCCGAGAGAAUUGAACAAUCUGAUGAGUCAUACUUAAUUGAUUCUGAAUCUGAUGAACGAAAAAAGGAGGAUGAGGUUGUGUACUCUGUUGGGAUUAAUGGGGUUGACCAUGAGAUGCCCGACGAAGAAAUGGUUGAUGAUUAUGAGACAACCAAAGAAAAUGAAAUCUCGCUCUCUCACAAUCAUCAAAAUACCAGUGCACAAGUAGAUUCUACUGAGAUCAUCUCGGAAAGUGUGAAUGCUAGUCUUCUCGGUGGCGUUGAUGGUAGUCGUCCUAAAGUUAAAAAAGAUGAAACAGAUGGAGAACCAAUUUCUACAGAGUCGGUGGUAGGAGAGAAUCUAGAUGUUGAAGGUGGAUUGAAUGAACUAGAAGCAUCAAAAGCAACAGAAUUACUGGUGGAGGACUUUCCCCUGCGACCCAUUUCUAAGAAAAUAGAUGACAUGGAUUCAGGAUUAAAUGAAACAACUAGUGUAGCCAAAACAUCGGAAGAAACAGAACAUGAACACGACAGAAUAACCUCUUCGGAGAAAACUGCUCAAAUUGUAAAUGAGCCAGUUGAUGUGAUGAUAGCUGAUCCAACAACAGAAAAGUCGAGUAAACUGUUGAACGAGAAAGCAGAGGCGAAAGCUGGGGAGGCAUCAUUGGAAAGUUCAAGUUCCUCAGAAGAAAGAGCAGCCAUUACUGCUGAUAUAGCAGUUAAGGCCUCAUCAACUUUAGAUAGGAGUGUUAAUGUUUCUAGCCCUAUGCUUAAUGAAACUGGUGACAGCAGUAGUAUUAAUGGUACUUCUAAGAAACAAGCUGUUGACGAGUCGAUUGAAGGUAAAGGCAAAACUAGCGUUCAACAUGGAAGCAGCCAACAGAAAGGAGGCAAUCCUCCACUAGACAGAAUUCAUCUUGAAACAUGGAAAGGUGCUUCAGCAAAAUCCAGGGAACGUGAAACAAAUCCACUCCUGGCAUUAUUGAAGGCAUGUUUCACGGCUUUUGUCAAAUUUUGGACCGAAGAAUAGCUUCUUUGCUUUUUCUUCUAGUGCUUCGAGGAUGGUUAUAGAUCCUGCAGUUGCUGCAGUGAUAUCCGGGUUUGUGGGAGGAUGCUUUUCUUGAAUUAUAUCAUCUCUGAACUGAAAUGGAAGUUACACACUCUACCACAGGGAUCUCUCAAACCAAAAUCCCAAGGUUUUCUGUGGGUCAGGAUGAUAUAUUACUUGCAUGAUAGAACUUGUGCUAGUUGUGACUCAGUGCAUGUGCGAUAUGGUUUAGCAAGUAUUUUUAGAAUGAACAUUACUUAUGAAUUCCAGAUAUAAUAGAUUAGAUCCAUCAAUGCUCUAUUCUUUUCUCAAAGGCAAAAGCUGUCUUUACUUGAAUAUAUAAGAGGCUUCAUUGUUCUA